CCGCUGCUGCGCCGCACCGUCUUCCGACAACGGGCCAGCAAGAGACCGAAGCCAGGGAUCAAGAGAAGGUCUAUGGGAAGCCGAGGGAGGAGGAACCGGUAGACAAGGCUACGGCGGCAAAAAAGAAGUUCAGGUAUCAAAUUCCGAUCCUGACUUCGCCGGAAAUCGAUGGCACCUUGAGGAAGCUACUGGGUACCAUGGUAUCGGUGUCUUUUCAGACUAUGCUGCAUGCCAGCCCGAGGCUGCUUACGCGUAAGCACGUAGAGGUAGAGGAGGCCCCGGAACUGCAAGAGCAGGACACGGAAGAGGCCAAGGCGCCGCAAGGAGUCUCCAACCUUCAAAGCAUCCCAGGGGGCCUGGAAGAUCUGGAAAAAGCCUUUGCUGACAUUCGUCUGAACCUGCCGGACCGAGAAGGUGGUGAAGUCAUGAGAGCAGCGCCUGGCACUAAACUUAGCUUUCACGCACUACUCGUAGGAAAGCUUAAAAUCCAGAUCGGAACUCACCACACCGAUGCAUUAGUGGAUGGCGGCGCGGAAAUUACCCUCAUACGACGGGAUUUCGCAACAAUCAUCGGGUGCACAGUAAAUAAGGAAGUAGCAGGGAGUAUCAGGGGAGCCGGUGGUGAAAUCCCCUUCACUGGGUACGUCACCAAAUGCGCGGUCAGGGCAGGAGUCCGGGAAUCCAUCUGGUCUUUCCAACGGAUGACCGUCAUGGAAGAAAUGGACCAUGACAUAAUCCUUGGGAGACCAUGGUGUGCCAAUGUAGAGAUGAUUGGCAUGCACUUGCACGACGACACGUACAUGGUAGAUAUAGAGGAUCCGGUGACUGGUCGCGGGGAACUCCUCCGACUCCUCGGAACUGGAGGGGACCCUCCGAAGGGUAAAUUGGCAACCUGGUCGCCAACAUUCGAAGAAAGCGCACGGAAAGGGGCAUUCGCACGAAUGGAAGGUUUCGCGAAGAUAGCAGAACCCAUCCGCGCGAUGAUUAGGGAAGGUGGCACUAUGGAUUGGACCGAGGAUAGGGAAGAGGCAGCCCAGACCCUGAAAGACAUCUUGUCAUCCGAUCAGGUCACGUUAGCAGCACCCUGUUUCAAUGACGAGGUUGGAAGGCCCUUCAUCUUAGAAACAGACGGGGGACCAUUGGCAGUGGGAGGAGUAUUGAUACAGAGAAGCGAGGAGUGCAAAGAAAGGCCAAUCAGACUUGAAAGUAGGACCCUGAAUUCAGCAGAGCGACGGUAUUCGCAGUUCAAGAAGGAGGUCUUAGCAAUCUUGCAUUGUCUUAAGACCUUCCAGGCCUACCUGUUCGGGAGGCGAUUUAUCCUAAGGAUUGAUGCCACUAACGCUGUCGGGGCCCUAAAGAACUACAAGCCCAUAGACCCGACCGUUGGCAGGUGGAUAGGCUUCAUAUGGCAAUUCGACUAUAAGGUCGAGCGGAUUGCAGGGCUUCGAAAUAGGGCAGGUGGGCUGAGCAGGGUAUGCAUCACGCCCGAAGGAGUAGAGGACGCGGAACCAAUCGACGCUUUCCUGGAGUAUGAAGAAGGGACCCUUGUGGUGGAUAACGAGAUGGCAGAUCCAGCAAUUACAACAGGUCAGUUGCUGAUUCAGACCUUGGAAAAAGGCGCGCCUCCAGUAGUUGCAGAACUCAGGGAAGGACCAGUCACCACGGUCAGGCGCAAAGAGGAAAAGGACUCGUGGGGAGCAGAAGUAGGGGCCAGAGAGGAACUGAUGGCAAUGACCGUGGAAGGGGGACGGGAUGCCGUGAUGACGUUGGUCGAAGUCUCGGCACGGAAGGAGUGACGAGGCAAGGAAGGAGCCGUAAACAUCAGAAUGGAGUUUGGAAAUGAAAAUGACGACAACGCUAUCAACAGGCCUACGGAGGGACAGCCAUCUAGGCAGGCCGGGGAAUCAAGCUCCAGGAAGAGGAAGUUGUACGUGGGGUUUGAUCACAAUCUAGUGGUAAACAGAGGAGGGAAAAAGCAGGGGACCAGGGGGCCAUCACCACCAAGGGAAGGGGAGCCGAUAGUCCUCCCCUCUGAAAGCGACACUAGCAGCGAGGAACAGGGGAACCUAGAGGAGGGACAACGGUCGGGAGAAAAUGACCCAGUGGAGUUCAUCGACCUCACCAGCGAUGAGGACGAAGAUGAAGUGACAACGCCCACAAGGGAAGAACGGGGAAGAGGGGAGGAACCGGGUGAGAAGAAGGAUAAGUGGAUAGAGGAGUUCGGGGCGGAGUUCAGCGAUUGGUUUGAUCAAUGGGGCGCUAUCCUGCGAUAUCAAUGGAUAACGAAGGCAACGAAAAAGCUGAGCAGGGGACAAGACUUAUCCCCAACAACCUUCUUCUCAGAAGGAACGCUCCUUCAAUUCCAGGCAAUAAAGAGACUAAUGGAGCAGGAAUCGGAGGAUCGCGCAAGGAGGAGGCUCAACGCAGGCCACCCGGACGAUAGAGCCAGAGCAGACGGAACGAACGGAAAGGAACUUGGUCCUCACUUGGUGGAAAGUGAGGGCAAGGGGGGGGCUGCCGGUCCCUUGUGCCACCAAGAAGGAAAAGAUACGAGACUAUUGAGAACAAUUGUGGACGUGAAAGGGACUGCUGUUUUUGGACGAGGGAUCAAGGACGUGGAAGCAACUGACCAAGUGAAGCUCUUUGGUAACUACCUUCAGGAGCUUGAAGAUCACUUGCCGAUGGAUGAUAAAUACAAAAACCCAGACGCUGGGGGAGUGGCACCCAUUCGAGUGAUUCAACUUAGAAGGAUGAUGACCGAAGAAGCAGCAGGGAGUCUACGAAGCAAGGGGAGUCAGAGCAUAGAGAAGGAUGUAGAACAGAACGAGGGGACCGUGAGGGACCGAGAGUCAACGACCCCGGAAGGUACUAAGGAAGGAAGGAAGGAAGUUGCAACCGGGGAAAACUCAGGAAAAGUCGGAGGAAGCAAGCGAGGAACUCAAGAAACUUGGGGGGAUAGGGGUAAUGGCAGCCCGAUGCCACGAGCAUCGGAAGACGCACUGCCAAAGAAGGUAAGACUAACGGACGCUCGGAAGAAAUUAGCCGAAAUAGAAAGGAAAACGGCGGAAUAUAAAGCAAAACUCAUGGAAGAGAUGAUGAAUGAGGGCGCGGGGGACUCCGCCGGAGAAAGGCCGCGCGAAGAGCAAGGGACAAAUCAGGGGCGAGGAAGCCGAGAUGAUAUUAUACAAAGAAGAAAGGAUAGAAAUGCGGAGCGGAGAGAGACGCCGACCAAGAAAGGAAAGGAGAGAACGGAAUCUCCGGGAAGGGAGGCGGAAAAGGUUACUAACCUACCUGCUAUAGACAGCGGGCCAAGUCGACCAGUGGCCUCGCCCAUAAUCACAAGGGGGUGCGAAGGACUUUGGAGCUUGAGAGAAAGGGUGCUAGGCUGGUUCGACCCGAAAUGGAUGCCGAAAGUUGGAGAGGGGUUGAAAGCUGGAAAGGAAGAACAAGGCUCUAGCACCGUCGGCGGAACAGGAGGAACCGAGGGGGGACUUAGAAAGAUGGUGUCUUCCCUCAUGCGUGCGCUAAAUAAAAAUCAGGGGUACCCAGCCGAUGCCAAGAAGAAGUUGACGUUCGAUGGGUCAAAUAUCACGAAGUUCCUGAUAGACUACGAGAACUUGGCAGCACUACUAAGAUGGAGUGAGGAAGAGAAGAUGGAGCACUUAGGGCAGCAUGUGUCACUGAACCUAGGAAGGGACAUAAUGACUGUCGUCUCCACCAACGAAUCUUGGAAGGAGGCCCGGGACGUAAUGACGAGGAAAUACUUGGCAACCGAGAAGAUGGCUAUGGAGACAGAGCUGGCUGCGGUGUAAAGAAAGAACUUUGCAACAUAUAACGAUUUCCUGAAGGAAUUCGCCCUCGUGGCGUUGGAAUCCCGGGGGUAACCGGCUGUAUAAUGAGUAAGUACUUCCUCAGGCAAUUCACCGAGUUUGGUAAAGAUAAGAUCCUAUCGACUUACCAACAGACCACGAAGUUUAUGAAUACACGGGAGUACCGUAACAAACAUUGCUGAGAAAA